UUUUACCAUUAACUGGCCCCCCCAAUUCUAACUUUCUUAUAUAGCCAUCUCUAAAAUUUAGUCAGAACCAACCUAUGAAGUUUCCCUUAGUUUACUUAUUUGUCAAUGGAAGCUCCUAGGAAACUAAGGUUUCACUGAUGUAACAUACACCAACCUAUAUAUAUAUAUAUACAUGCUAUCUACUGCUGUUUUAAUGGCAAUGGCAAGAUCAAACACAUCGUGCUUCGUUCCGUCGUCGUCGUUGUUCCAUUCACACCAAAACAACACCCAAAUGACUACUACCACUACUACUACCACUUUCAGUUCUCUUGAGUCUUCAGGAAGUGAUCAGUAUUUUGAGGCCGGUGCAGAUUUCGAGGUCUCAGAUUUUUUAACCUUUGAAGAUUGGGGUGGGUUUGAGCAGCAGUCUAUGGGAUAUGGAGAGAUUCAGAAUAUUGGGUAUCAAGGAAAUACUGAUCAGUUUUGUACAGAUGUUGGAGGAACUAGUCACAUACAAAAUGAGGAAGAGAAUUAUAACACAGAAAGCAUCAGAAAUGGCAGAGAUAAGAAAGAUGUCAAGGAAAGGGUUGCAUUUCGAAUGAAAUCAGAGAUUGAUGUUGUAGAUGAUGGUUACAAAUGGAGAAAAUAUGGCAAGAAGAUGGUCAAAAACAGCCCAAAUCCAAGGAAUUAUUACAGGUGUGCUGUAGACGGUUGUCCAGUAAAGAAGAGAGUAGAAAGAGACAGGGAUGACAUGAAAUACGUAAUAACGACAUAUGAAGGAUAUCAUAACCAUGAAACCCCAAGAUAACUUCUAUCAGGGUGGUUGUAAAGAUUCAAAGCUCGGACGUACGUCUUCGAGUACUAGUAUAGCCAUCAUAUAUGAAAAACUCAAGAUUGCUUUCGAUACCUAAAUGUGAGAUAGAGUUGUCGUGGAUUCCACACAAGUGCAUUUACAAAAAUGCGCCCUCUAAACUCAUUGAACAACAAUUUAGCUAGCUAAAAUCUAGCCAGAUAUAUAGUCAGUAGCAAGGAAUUUCAGUUUAAUUUCCUCCUUCACAGGAUGGUAUUGGUGGGUUGGUAGCAGACGAUUUACAAAUGGGACCAGCUUAAGUUUUUAUCUUCAUUUUUUUCACAAAUCAUGUGUUUCACUUUUGUCUGGUGACCCAAGAGUUGUACAAUAUUGCAGUUAAAGAUCACAGCAAUAAAACGUAGUCUGUCUAUCUUAUUUUAACAGUAAUAGACUAUAUUUUGCUUCA